CCGGCCCUCGCCUCGACCCCCGCCCGCGGGGACCCGCCGGUGCCCCCGCAGAGGGCAGCUCUGCCCCGGGCUGCCGCCGCUCCGCUUUCACACGAAACUGCCGAUGACGCCGUUCCGCUCCGUUCGGCGACCCGGAAGCACCGAGGCGCGCACCGCCCCCUGACCCGGAAGCACCCCGCCGCUGCUCUUUCCGGUGAGGAGGCCGCCGCCGCCGCCGGAGCCGGGUCGGGGCCGCCGCUGGGGGGGAGCCCGAGCCGGCCCUGGAAGGAGGAGAAAUGCAAGAGGAGGGAGAGUGAGAGGGGUAAGGAGCUCCCGGAGCUGCCUAGGAUGGAAGAAUCUCAUUUCAACUCCUCCCCGUACUUCUGGCCAGCAGUGCCCACUGUCUCGGGACAGAUUGAGAACACCAUGUUUAUUAACAAGAUGAAGGAGCAGCUAUUGCCCACAGAGAAGGGCUGCAGCCUGGCUCCCCCCCACUACCCUGCCUUGCUGACAGUACCCACCUCUGUGGCCCUGCCCACUGGCAUCUCCAUGGACUCGGACACCAAGCCAGAGCAGCUGACACCACACAGCCAAGCCCCUGUGACUCAGAACAUCACCGUGGUACCAGUGCAGUCUGCUGGGCUCAUGACAGCAGGUCCUGGUCUGGUGAUAACUUCCCCGUCAGGUUCCCUGGUGACCACAGCCGCCUCUGCCCAAACCUUUCCCAUCUCAGCUCCCAUGAUUGUCUCUGCACUACCCCCUGGCUCCCAGGCAGCCCUCCAGGUGGUUCCAGACCUGUCCAAGAAAGGGACGACUGCCCUCACUGAAGGUGGUGGGGGUGGUGGGGGUGGGGGAAUUGCCCCCAAACCACCCCGGGGCCGGAAGAAGAAACGAUUGCAGGAGUCAGGGCUGCCAGAGAUGAGCGACCCUUUUGUGCUGACAAACGAAGAUGAUGAGGACCAGCACAAGGAUGGCAAGACAUACAGUGGUUCCGUGAGCAGCGGAACUAAUGAAGCCUGGUUUCCAGCGGCUCUCUCCUGUGUGGAUUCUCUGAUGUCUAAUCAAGGGUGCCGGAUGUGUUCGCUGACCUUCUACUCCAAGUCGGAGAUGCAGAUCCACUCCAAGUCCCAUACGGAGACAAAGCCACACAAGUGUCCUCACUGCUCCAAGAGCUUCGCCAACAGCUCCUACCUGGCCCAGCACAUUCGCAUCCAUUCAGGGGCCAAGCCCUACACGUGCAGCUACUGCCAGAAGGCCUUCCGCCAGCUCUCCCACCUGCAGCAGCACACACGGAUCCACUCCAAGCUCCACACGGCGAUUGUCAAGCCGCACAAGUGUCCUCACUGCUCCAAGAGCUUCGCCAACACAUCCUACCUGGCCCAGCACCUCCGCAUCCACUCGGGGGCCAAGCCCUACACCUGCCGCUACUGCCAGAAGGCCUUCCGCCAGCUCUCCCACCUGCAGCAGCACACACGUAUCCACACCGGGGACCGACCCUACAAAUGUGCUCACCCUGGGUGUGAAAAGGCUUUCACCCAGCUUUCCAACCUGCAGUCCCACAGACGGCAGCACAACAAAGACAAACCUUUCAAGUGCCACAACUGCCACCGUGCGUACACGGAUGCUGCCUCAUUGGAGGUACACCUGGCUACGCACACGGUGAAACACGCCAAGGUCUACACCUGCUCCAUCUGCAGCCGGGCCUACACCUCGGAGACGUACCUGAUGAAGCACAUGCGGAAACACAACAUCCCUGACCCCCAGCAGCAGGUGGUUCAGGCACAAGCCCAGGCCUCGCAGCAGCAGCAGCACUUCCAGCCGCAGGGCGGGGGGGCAGCAGGGGGCCCUUCUGGAGACACUAACCAACCCAAUCCUCCCCCCCAGUGCUCCUUUGACCUGACUCCUUACAAGACUUCAGAGCAUCACAAGGACAUCUGCCUCACUGUCAGCACCAGCGCCAUCCAAGUGGAGCACCUCUCCAGCUCCUAGAGAGACCUCAACCCAGGGAGCAGAACGCCUCUUGUGCAUAGCCUGUGCCCAGGGGCACCGCCUGUGCAGCGGCCCUCCUUGUGCAACAGUCUCCGGCCUCUCCUCCUGCAACAGCCUCUUCUGGCCGUGUAACCCUGUUCAUGGCAGCCCCUUGAACAACAGCCUGUCUCAAGGGGGUGCUCCUUCUGUGCAACAGCCUGCCUGGUAGGAGGAUGCUUCCUUGUGCAAGAGCCCCUUUCCUGUGCUGGGAUCACUUCCUCAUGCAAGAGCCCCUCCUUUCAAACCCAAAGAAAGGCCCCUGUUUUGCCUUCUCUCUCACUGUAGGAUGCGUAUGAAGGGGGGUUGCGUGUUGAGACACACGGUGGAUGGGAUGGAGAGACGGCCCUUGUACGUACAGGGGCUUGGACACGUUUUCAGCAGGCCACAGAAGAAUGUGGCAGGGUUCACAGCUGGAUGGGGUUCUUUGAGGAUUGCCUUGAGUGUCUAAGAGAGAAAUAUCCAUUCCUGUCCUUCCUGCUUGAGAAAGGGAGGAGGGGUCGCUCGUCCUGCCCCAAGGACUGGAUGGGAGAAACCUUCUCCCCAGUGGAAGGGGAGACCAGUGGAGGGGGGAGAGGUGAGGCAUGUUCUCUGAGACGGACAGGUGCCUGCACUGCUCAAGGGCUGUGGAGUAUUGCAUUCUUUCUCCUCCCCUGGUGGAGAGCAAUAGAGGGGAGUCUGUCUGAACUGGCUGCUGCCUCUCUCUCCCAGCUGUCUGAGCAGCAUGAUGGCCAAGGCCCCGUAGGAAUGUGGGUUCCUGCUCAUUGCUCUUCCUGCCUGUUGUGGAUGAUAUCCUAGCAGCUUGUACUCCUCCUCUCCCUCCUGCUUUUCCUCCCACCUCCUCAGAAAAGCCUGCAGGCAUCAACAACAAACCAAAAAGCAACUAGAGGGGGGUAAGAGACUGCCAAAAUAAUCAUCACCCUUCUCUCUGCUCCCUUUCCUGUAAGGUGGAAAUGACAGCAGUUCUCGCACUCACACACCUGUCCUGCCCUCAGUUUCCCAAAGGGAAAGAGGAGGAGGAGGAGGAGGAGGAAUAGACCAGUCUUUUCAAGGAGCCAGCAGGAGGCAGGGAAAGGCUAGCUUCUCCUGCUCACCUCCCGCCAGAGUGUUCUCCCAGGCUCCCUCUUGCCAAGACGGGCUGGACUCACACGGCAGUGGUGGCCUCUUCUGGACCCUGGUCAUGGGAGAGAAUCCCCAAAAGGUGGACAGUGGAGAGAAGGGGAUGAAGAUCCCCACAGAGAGACCAAUCUAAUGAGAAGGGGGAGCCAACAAGAAUAAACUGAAGGCCCCUUGAAUUUAUAUAUAUAUAUAUAUAUAAAUAUCUAUUCCCCACCCCUGGCCCGCUCUGUCCUUGCUGUAACUGUUUCUAUCUCUGUGUUUAUAAAACGCAUUAUCCUGGCGAAUUUUUAUUUUCAAUCUUUGUUUGUUUUUCCCUUUCUCUUCGUCUUCAAUUCUUCUUCCCCUUUUUUUUUAUUGGUCCACAUGACUGCUAGUCUUGUGUGUCACUUGUUAGUUUCUUUGGAUCAUGGAGGCUGACUCGGAAGAGAUUGAGAAGGCAAGGGAAAAAGCAUGUUGUUGGGUUUUAAAAUCAGUCACCCACCCAAAAGCAUAUAGAAUCCCAGACUUCUGUAUGAACAACCAAUAGGGGCUUCUUAUUUUUUUUUAACCACCCUGUAUGGAAAUAAAUUGGUGUAAAAGGCUUCUUGAAGGUGCUGCUGUGAGCACCCUGCCCCUGUGACGUGUGUUCCUUCCCCCUGCACCAGACCACUGCACGAGCAUCUUGCUGCCGUGAGUCCCGAGCGGCUGUGUGGGUGGAUGCAAGGGCAGCACAUCCCUGCCUUUGGGCAGUUUGCACAAGGAAAGCAAGGAGCCUGUGGCAGAAACCUUUUUCUCUGUGUUUAGUCACCAGGGUUGGCUGUGAACAGUUGGAGUGUUUUGUAGAUGUGUAGGUUAGGCUAUAAGAAGCUGUCUGACUUGCCUCCUGCGCUUCACAGGUGACAUUUCAAUCCAUUUAUCCUGUAGUGCGCACCAAGAACUAAUGGGUAUUUAAACUAUGUGUUGACAAAAUCUAUUGGCUUGAUUUUUGAGGCACUGGGACACAGAAUCCCUUCCAUUGGUAGCCUGCUGCAAGGGCUUCGUGUUCUUGCUGUUUAAAUAUUUCCGCCAGAUUUCUCCUUGCUUUGGCUUCUGGUCACUAGUUCUGAAUACAUGCAUCCUGCUGGUUCAGAGAGCCUGAGCACAGUGGUGCUUUUUCCCCUGGACUGGUAUUUAAACACUCUAGUGUCUCUUCUCAGUCCACUUUUUAACAAGCUAAAUAGAUGAAACUCUGUAAACCUUCCACUGUAAGGGAUUUCCUCCAGCCCAUAAAUUAUUCUUGUCUUUUCUUUCUACAUCUUGUCAAAUUUUUCAGUAUCUUAUAAAAAUGUUCCUUUUGGA